CUCCGUUCAUUUUUACAAAAAUAUUAAUUACAUCUGCAUAUUUCUAAAACUAAGUAAUUAUAUAAAUGAAAAUAGUAAACUACGGAGACUUACUAUUGGUCAUUCCACGGUAUAAUAACACAUUCACACGUGUCACAAAAUUCAGCACCAUAACCUUAAACUUAAACUGUCAAAUUUUUGACGUACAUAUUAUAAAAUAUCUACUGUAGCAUUAUGAUAGAUGCAAAGAAAACAAUUAUACAAAAAUUCAAUACGGAAUUGGGGAGCGAUUUAAAAGGCCUUAAUAAAAUAUACGAGUUUCACCAAUCUCUUAAUGAACAGAAAAGUAAAAUUGAGGAGUCGUUGUCUAUGGCAUCGACUGAAGCUCCGUCAAAAGUAAAAGCAGUUAUAGAAAGUGUUGAACAGAUAAGUAUUGAAUUUCAACAAUUGGAGAAAAGUUCUUCAGAGUUUAGAAGUGACAUACAAGAAACAAUGCAAGAAAAUGAUAAAAGCUUGCAAGAAAUGCAAAAAAUUAUUGAUGUUAUAAGUUAUUUGGAUAAAUCUCUAUCAUAUUUGAAUUUUAUUAAAUAUGUUGAGGACAUCAGCGAUGAAAUCCAAGUGUCUUUAACAAAUGGUAAUGAUGAAUCAACCAUCUCCUUAUAUGUAGAUCUUACAAAUAUUAGUUGUCAAUUAAGACCAUCAACUUGUCAUUAUCUCCAAAAUUAUGUUAAAGAAACUCUUCACUUUUGGCAUAAUCUUAUAAAGGAUAAAUUGUCUAAAGAAUAUAAUGAUAUACUGAAAACAUUAAAAUGGCCUUUUUGUGGUAGUAAUACAAAUACAUUACAUACUCCCAUGCCAGAGACAUUAACAAAAUUUAAGAUACUUACAGAAUAUUUGUUACAUUUACAGUUACCUGAAGAAUCUGCAAAGUGUGUGGUAACAUCAGUGUUAUUAACUGACUUUACUCCUGUGAGUUUACCAAUUUCACUGUUGAUAAGGCCACUUAGACAAAGAUUUAUAUAUCACUUCACAGGUUCUAAGUUAACAAAUCGGCAAGAUAAACCUGAAUGGUUUUUCACUCAAAUAUUAACAUGGAUUAAAGAUCAUGUUCAAUGGGUACAGAAAAACGUACAACCUGCUGCAAAUUCAAUAGGUUUUGAUCAUGUAGACAUGAAGGUAGAGUUCAUGCGAGCUUUAAUACAAUUAGCAGUUGAGAAACUUCAUUCUGAAUUAUCAAUAGUACAGUAUGAUGAUGCUCUAUUUGCUCAUUUAGUUGAUGAAGCUUUAGGUUUUGAACGAGAAUUGAGAGAGACCUUAUUUUAUCCUUCAACUCAACCAGCUACUGUUUUUGUACUUACACAAGCUCACAUAUUUGUAAAAUGGAUUAAUAUGGAAAAGAAGUAUGCAACCGAAAAAAUGGAUGCCAUUUUGAGUUCAAAUACAGCUUGGGAAAAAUUACCAAGUUCUGAUACUGAUGACAUGAAAGUAACUGAAUGUGCAGAUGCUUUUCUAACACUUCUUACUACAAUUUCUGAUAGGUAUAAGCAUUUACCUCAACCAGGACACAGGUUGCAAUUUCUUGAGCUACAAUUGGAAUUAAUUGAUGACUGGAGAGUAAGAUUGCUUCAAUUAUUACAUGAAAAUUAUGAAGAUCCUUUAACAUCUCUAAUGCCACGUAUUCUGAAUACAUUACAUUAUGUGGCAACUGUUUUAGAAGAGUGGGGUGUAACAGUGCACUUUUUACAAUUAUAUUUUUUUAAACAACAAUUUGAGGCAGCUGAAACUGCUAUGUUAAAAGGAAAUGAUAUUACUAAAAAUGUAGGAGAAGUUGAAGGUUCUGUAUUUGAUGAAGCUGUUGCUCUUUUAAGAAGAUUAGAAAAGAAAUUAAUAAAUGAAAUUAGUGAUUCUGUAGCUUUAGAUGUGAAAGCAAAAAGCAGACCAUAUAGAACAGAUAAAUGGUUUGCAAUGCAAUCUACUAAAGAAGUGGUUUCAUUAUCUGUGACACCAAGUGGCUAUUCUAUGUUUCAAGAAUUAGCAACACAACUUAAUCUAUUGCACAAUACACUUGCUUUACCAUUAUUUCAGCAGGCUUGGAAAAAUUUAGCUUCACAAUUCGAUCAAUUUCUUUUAGAAGAAGUUGUUCUAGUAAAUCAUUUUAACAUGGGUGGAGCUGAACAACUACAAUAUGACAUUUUCAGAAAUUUGUUUCCAUUAUUUGGCUUAUAUAUUAGUAAACCAGAAUCAUAUUUUCCUUUGAUUAAAGAAGCAUGUAUUUUGUUAAAUAUUAUGUUAGGUUCAGCAAUGUUACUUGGUGAAGCUCUCCACAACGAAGAUGAAAUUGCUACAAACAAAAUACUAGCAGAUGUUGGUAUUUAUAAAAUGUCUCCUGAACUUGCUUUAAAAGUAAUUGGAACAAGGACAGAUAUGACCUAUGUAUAAGAGUUUUACCUUAUACUAUUUUACAAAAAAUAAAAUUAUUUAAUUUUGUAUAUAGUGUACUAUAUCUAUUAUUUUUUGUAAUAAUGAA